UAUCCGCAGCAUGCAUCGUAAACGACGGGAUAUGGCUGACAGCUACAGAGCCCCUUGCAGCAGUGCUUAGAGAGGACGGUGGCUCAGCGUGGCAUCAAUUCGGCAUUUCCCCUCUUUGCAGCAGCUCUGAAAUAGAACAAGAUUUGCCAGAUUUACGAUGGACAGGCAUGAUGUUCAUGCCUGUCCCUCCGUUCUCGCCCGCUGCUCUGAUCACGCGAGCUAUAAGCUUUCCAACAGUGUGAUGAAGAGCUUGACAAAGCUUUUGGCACUCCACCACAUGAUUGAUUACGUUCGCUCAAGUUUUGCAUCAGGUGAGAAAUGCCUUUUACCGUCGUGAAAAGCUCGGCACAGUCAUCGUGAUCUCCCCCCAGAAUAAGCCUCACAGCGGGUUUGCCGGAAGAAUUCAAUAUGGUUGGUCGAAAGAUGACUCCGGUCAGGGGAACACCACUUUUUCUGCCCCCAUACAUACACAUAGUUUAUGUCGUGGAGCGUCCCCGCGAUGGGGUCGAAAAAAUUAGACGGGAUCAGCGAUCAGUCUUCGGUGAAGCCAGACUACCAGAGCCAUCGAACGCCACCAAUUGACCAAUAUGAGGAGAGCAAGACGCCUCGACCGGACUUCCGGCACGACGGCGCACGCAUCCUCGUGCUCGUCCUCGUCUCCAUUCUGUUGCCGCUGGCAAAUGUGUUCCGAGACAGCGCAUUCCGAGCCCGCGCGGCAUAUCGUCGCCCCAUGCAUUAUUGGUUAUUGGAGAAGAGAGAAGAAAGAGAGGCCAUCUGUGGCUUGAACAAGUGCCUAUUAUGAGCUGGCAGUUGGCUGGCUGAGCGAGUUAGCGAGAGUCCAAGUCCAUCAGAUCUGCACCAGGGCAACCCUCUGGCUAGGCCGACCAAUAGGAUGCGAACCUCUCCAUCGGAUGGUGGAUUUUUUUCGCUGAUCAAUGCUACAUGCUGCUAUCCCGCAGAUGCAGCAGCCAGAGGCGAGACACGACACGCGAAUGAUUGUUCGCCAAGGGCGCGGUGAGACAGGUUAAGCUUAAACCAAGGCAACCCAAGUCUG